CAACCCCCCAUCGCGAGGACACACACAAACCCAGCAGCCCUGCCCAUCAUCACGGUUUCCUCUCCCGUUCGGGUCAAAAACGCGCAGAUUCCUGUUUUCUCCUUCUCCUCCAGCGGUGUCUCCGGGAAAUAAACUGAACUCCAAGAGAAUCUUUAUUUUCACCACCUCCAUCUCGCAGUUUUUAUCUGUUUUUCUCGAAGAUAAUCAGGUUGGUUUUGUAAAUAGGUAGAAUUUUUUUCUGACAUGGAAGUGAGAUGUCGUCCAGCGGUGAUGUGCUGUGUGUUUGCCGUCCUCUGCUCCGUGGUUCCCCGCUCGCUGGGCGCAUCUUUCGGGGACAGACAGUACCUGAACGAGUGGGCAGUGGAGAUCCCGGGCGGUAUGUCCGCCGCCGAGGCCAUCGCCAGGGAGUUGGACUACGAUCUGGUCCGACAGAUUGGGGCCCUGGAAAAUCAUUUCUUGUUCAGACACCAAAAGCACCCCCGCAGAAUGAAACGUAGCGCUGACCACAUCACCAGGCAGCUGUCUGAGGAUGAUCGGGUGCUGUGGGCCGAGCAGCAGUAUGAAAAGCGGCGCAGUAAGAGAGCGGCGCUCAGGAGCUGUAGGGACUGUUCUGUGGACAAACUGUUCGAUGACCCCAUGUGGAACCAGCAGUGGUACCUGCAAGACACGCGGACGUCGUCCUCACUGCCGAAGCUAGACCUGCACGUCAUCCCAGUGUGGGAGAAGGGCAUCACCGGGAAGGGAGUGGUCCUCACCGUCCUCGAUGACGGGCUGGAGUGGAACCACACAGACAUCUACUCCAACUACGACGCUGCUGCCAGUUACGAUUUCAACGACAACGACCCCGACCCAUUUCCCAGAUACGACUCCACCAAUGAAAACAAGCACGGCACCAGGUGUGCAGGAGAGAUUGCGAUGCAGGCCGAUAACAACAAGUGUGGUGUUGGAGUGGCGUACAAUUCAAAGGUUGGAGGAAUCCGUAUGCUGGAUGGAAUUGUGACAGACGCCAUCGAAGCGAGCUCCAUCGGAUUUAAUCCGAACCAUGUGGACAUCUACAGCGCCAGCUGGGGGCCCAAUGACGACGGGAAGACUGUGGAGGGGCCUGGUCGUCUGGCUCAGAAGGCUUUUGAAUAUGGCAUUCAGAAGGGCCGUGGUGGAAAAGGCUCCAUCUUUGUUUGGGCAUCAGGUAACGGCGGUCGCCAGGGCGAUAACUGUGACUGUGAUGGCUACACAGACAGCAUCUUCACCAUCUCAAUCAGCAGCGCCUCCCAGCAGGGCCUGUCCCCGUGGUACGCUGAGAAGUGCUCCUCCACUCUGGCUACAGCGUACAGCAGCGGAGACUAUACUGACCAGAGGAUUACAAGUGCUGAUCUUCACAAUGAGUGCACUCAGACUCACACCGGCACUUCAGCUUCUGCCCCGCUGGCUGCUGGCAUAUUUGCCCUGGCGCUGGAACAAAAUCCGAAUCUUACCUGGAGAGACCUGCAGCACAUCGUGGUCUGGACCUCAGAGUUUGACCCUUUAGCCAAUAACCCAGGCUGGAAGAGGAACGGAGCAGGACUGAUGGUCAACAGCCGUUUUGGCUUUGGACUUCUCAACGCCAAAGCUCUGGUGGACCUCUCUGACCCAGCCACGUGGACGCACGUACCGGAAAAAAAACAGUGCAUCGUCAGGGAUGAUUCUUUUCAGCCAAGAGAGUUAAAAGCAUCGGGAGAGAUCACCAUAGAGAUUCCUACCAAAGCCUGCGUGGGACAGGAGAACGCCGUUCACUCGCUGGAGCAUGUUCAGGUGGAGGCCAGUAUCGAAUACACCCGCAGAGGAGAUCUGCACAUCACACUCACCUCCCCUGCCGGCACCACCACAGUUCUACUGGCAGAGCGAGAAAGGGAUACCUCAGCCAAUGGUUUCAAGAAUUGGGACUUCAUGUCUGUUCAUACUUGGGGAGAAGAUCCUGCGGGAAUCUGGACCUUAAAGAUCACAGAUACUUCGGGCCAUAUGGAGAACAAGGGACGAAUCUUGAACUGGAAGCUGAUUCUCCACGGAACAUCAGAGAAACCCAAGCACAUGAAGAAACCUCGAGUGUACAUUCCGUACAACGCAGUGCAGAACGACCGCCGAGGUGUGGAACAUAUGGAUGACAUGAUGGAGGAACCCACACAGGCCCGCCCACCUCAGAGGGCUGAGUCUGAACACGCCUCUUCCUCCAAUCCAGAGAAGGAGCCCAAACUCCCCUCAAACUCCCUCUCUUCCCCCUCUCUGGCCCUGCUGCGUCUCCUGCAGACGGCGUUUAACCGACACGCCGCCGCAUCGCAGCAGCCCCGCGCCACGCCCAGGCCCUUCCCCUCCAUGUGGAGCAACCAGCAGCCAGCCCGGGACAUCUUUCCUCCUCCUCCUACAAAAUUCCCAGCCCAAAAGCUGUACCAAGCUCUGGACUUGAUCAACAAGUACAGUGGCCCCGAGGACAGUCUGUACAGCGACUACAGCGACGGCUUCUACAACACCAAACCAUACAGGCACAGAGACGACCGGCUGCUGCAGGCCCUGUUUGAGAUGCUGGAUGAUGACCAGAAGUGAGCAGGUUCGGGGGAGGAGAUUUUGGGAACAGAGGAACAAGGAGAACAGAUGAAAGGGGGAAAAAAUCCAAAUGUUAAGAAGAAAGUGAGAAAGACCCCAAAUGCUGCAUUUCCGAUCUAUUUCUGAUCCAUCCCUUUGAUUCAUUAAUUCUUCAUUUAGACGUGUAACCUUUCUUGAUGUGAUUUAAAAUAUGGACUUAUUCAGAGCCUCUGUGCUGUAAAAUGUGACUCUCUGUGUUGAAUCUAAAAGCAUUUAAUCAGAAUAAGGUAGCAGAGAGCCCAGUGGUCUUGGUUCUCCUCUCCUUACUGCCUGCUCAAGCAUGCCACAUUUAUCUACAUCUAUGUAUCAUUUAGAGACAACGAUUGUGAAAUUAUGGGUUUAAUUUAAUCCCAUUUAUUCUGAGAACUCCAUGUGAUGAUGAGCAAUCAUUCCCAUUGAGAAUAAAUCAACCUUUCAAAACUAAAUUAGCAUUAUGUUGGCUAUACGUGACACAAAAUAUUCAACUGUUUUAAAUAUUUAAAUCUGUCGACUCAAGAUUUAUUCUCAGGGUUCAGUGAAACAAAAGCAACAAAAUGGUUUUUAGUUUGCUUUCAAACACAUAAAGAAGUAUAUUUUAUUGUGAGCUAUUAUUUGCUAUAAAUCAGACAAGUUAAACAGGAUGAUCAUAUUAAUAUUUUAUUUUAUUAGAACUAAUAAAAAGUGAAGAUCUAUAACUUGGUGGAUUAGAAAAUGCCAAUGAAACCCUAAAAAGAGAUUGUUUUCCUUCUGUAACUUAUUUAGUUUUGUAUCAGUUCUGCUGCAUUAGAGAAACUAUUUUUCUAAGUCCAGAAAAAAUAUAAAAUAAGUGAAAAAAAUAACUAAACCAAAACUCUUCAGGAAUUUCUUUGUGUGUAGCACCGUUUCACGAAGCUAAAGCAUCAGAUCACUGCCAGAACCGCGCUGUCAGGACGCUCGCUUCACACAAGGCAAUGGUGUUGUUUGUCUGUGAAAUUCCAGCUUUGACUCUUUCUCCGAUGAUGUUUGGGAUGAAGCUUUCCAUGAUCCCAGUGAUUUAUCCGUUAGACUAGCCUGUGCUGUUUUAUUUAUGAUUUUUGGCUUGAUUUGGACAAAUUCCUCAGUCAAAGAUUGUUUACACAAACUAAUAUUUAUGUUUCAGUUUCUGUAUGGACGUGUAAAAAUAUGAGAUUUAUCAAAAUAAACAGCAAAGUGACAUCAUGAA